UGGGCAGCAGUUUGCUAUACCGAAAGCUACGCAGUAGAAAGUCACGCUUUUAGGAGGGGAAGCAUGAGUCGUAUCAAUACGCCAGUCAAUCAAAAGAGAUUGACAAAUAUCGCUGUUGUGCGUCUCAAGAAGUGCGGCGUCAGGUUCGAAGUCGCUUGCUAUCCAAAUAAGGUGCAAGAGUGGAAGAAAAAAAUAGAAUCCGAUUUAGACGAGGUGUUGCAGUCUUUUAAGGUAUUUUCAAAUGUGAGCAAGGGUGUAAUUGCUAAGGACAAGGAUCUCGUGCGUGCGUUCGGAACGACCGACCACGCCAAGGUUUGUCUAGAAAUUUUGAAAGUGGGAGAGCUCCAAGUGUCUCAAAAAGAGCGCGAGGACCAACUCCGAAAGACAUAUCGCGAUAUCGCGACGAUUAUUUCCGAGAAAUGCAUCAACAAGCAGACGAAAAAGGGCUUGACGGUUGGCAUGAUUGAGUCGGCUUUGUUGGACAUCAAAUUCAAGAUAAACCCGAGUAAAAGCGCGCGGCAACAGGUCAGCCAGGCGAUCAAGGCAUUGCAAGAAGAGACGAGUUUGCCAAUCGAGAGGUCGAAGAUUAGAGUUGCGCUAGAGUUAAGGAGUGAAGAGAUGAAACAGAGAUUGAACGAAUCGACCAUAGCCAAGGAAUGGACGCUGGAAAGUGAAGGGAACGGAGUAUUACAGGCGUGGAUAGACCCUGCACACUAUUCAACAUUAUUGGAAAUGGCGAAGGAGGAUGGGGGGAGAGUGAGUGUUCUAGAGAUGCAAGACGAUUUCGAUAGUGGCUAAGAGAUCAAGAAAAAUGCAUUUGGCGCAAAGCGCGCGGUAUAUAUGUAGGCCAAAAAAUACACAUUAAAUACCGUAAGGGAUUUGUGUAGAAUAGAUAUCUGUCUGGAUUGCGUGUCUCUUUAUAUUUUGCGAGAUCGAACCCUGACAUGUGUUCGGUGCACACAAUAUGUAUUAGAAAUAUGUGUUCUCUGUCUUCAAUCGCGAAGAAUGCGAUAUCUCUGGCCAUAACCGUGGUUAUUAGCAUAGAAGCUGAUGUAUAGCCUUAGUGUAUGGUUCAAAUUCCAGGAGUGUUGCCUCAGCUGCACUAUAUGGUGGUAAAGUCAUUUUCAUAGUGACCGUUGGUAGAUCUGCGCAAUAAUUUACUUAACAUCGUAAAGACUGCACGUUAUUUUUUUUUUGAAUAUGAAAUUCUUAUAGUUCCUUUGUUGUUUUUAGCAUUCAGUUUUUAUCGUACUUACGAUUAACAUCUCAGCACCAAAAACGCAAAGAUGUCGUGGAUGGACUUUAAGAUGGCAAAUGCCAUGAGGGCACAAAAAGUGAACGAGGAUGCUAAGCGUGUCCAAGUUGGCAAAACACAGAAGGGAACAGGAGAGAAGCCAACGCAAGUAGCGGAUGACGUGCUGAGCAAGCAUGCGUCGGAGGCGCAGAAGCUCAACAGCUAUUCCAAGAGUCAGCAGCUCACACAACAAAAGGGCACAGGAGAGAAAGCGACUGUUGUUGCUGAUGACCUGAUGACGAGACACACUACCAAUGCACAGAAACUUAAUUCCUACUCGAAGUCUGAACAACUCGGGCAUCAGAAGGGCACUGGAGACUCGUUUAGCUCUGGCCUUGACCAGCAAACCGAACACGCGCUCAAAUCUCAAAAGGUCGCGAGUUAUUCGAGGGCCGAGAAUCUGGCUCACCACAAGGGUGACGCUAGCUUAGAGGCGAACAACUCUCCUGCGGAUGUCGUUAACAGCGAGGGAACGGCCGAGGAAGAGGGAUAGGCUGCCCAUCGGGCGUGGUACUGUUCAUUUGGGCUGCAACUCUCCUUGCUGAGAGAGAAAGAUAAGAGAGAUGCUGAUUGCAUUGCCUCUGGGAGAGGGACAUGCGUGCAUUAGCGUCAGCCUCCUCACGAGGCGCCCAGCUCUCUUUCUAUAGUCGCCCACAAAUAAAGGUUAUAAAAUGUGUCAGUCAAAAGUGAGCUUGUGCUCUA